AUGGUGCACAGCCACCGGCGCCUGAUCGUGCGCGGGGAGCGCCCCGUCGACGGCAACCGCUGGAGCCGCUUCCGCCUCGAGCUCCGCGUCCCCGACGGGUGCGACGCCAAGGCCAUCCACGCCAAGUUCGACAACGGCGUCGUCCGCGUCACCAUGCCUGGCGUCCUGCCGGAGCCCGUCCCGGUCAUCGACUCCGUCACGGCCAGCACCGGCACCGGCAAGCAGCAGCAGCAGGAGCCGCCGCCGCCUUCGUCCCCGCUGCCGAAGCCUGCUAGCACGGCCGCCGCGGCUGGCGACGACGUGCAAGACCGGAAACUGAAAGGCGGCGUCGGCGCUGCGGAGCAAGACGGUGGUGAUCGUGAUCGUGCCGCGCGAGGACAGGCCUUGGACAAGCACGAGACGCCGCGGAAGCAGGAAGCGAGGCAGCGCGUGACGAGCUCGGCGAAAGACGCCGGUGGCGGCAGUAGCGGUAGCGGCGACGACACCGGUGGGGUAGGGGAGGUGACGGCGGCCGCUUCUCCGUCGUCACGCCAAGGCUACCGCUUCCUCCAUAACCGGAAGAUGACCACCACUGUGCUCGGCGUGAUGCUGGUCCUCAUCAGCCUCGGCAUCUACGUCAAGUACAGCCUCUGGCCAUAA